UCUUUCACAACACACCACACAGUUCGGACUUCAGGAAAAUCGAAACUCAGAACACUGUCUAUCUCUCUCUCUCUCUCUGCCUGUUUGUGAAAGCAAGAAAAUGGCAGAGGCCAAUAUUUCAAUAGAUCAGGAUAAGUUUAUUUGUCCAGUGUGUCUGGAUAUCCUGAAGGAUCCUAUAACUGUUCCAUGUGGUCACAGUUACUGUAAGGUUUGUAUUAAUGAUUUCUGGGAUGGGGAAGAUCUGAAACGUGUCUACAGCUGCCCCCAGUGCAGAGAGACUUUCACCCCAAGGCCUGUUCUACGCAAGAACAACAUGCUGGCUGAAGUGGUGGAAAAACUAAAGAAGACUGAACUCCAAGAUGCUUUUCUUGCCCACUGUUACGCUGGACCUGGAGAUGUGGAGUGCGAUUCCUGCAGUGGAAGAAAACAAAAAGCUGUCAAGUCCUGUCUCGUGUGUCAGGCUUCCUACUGCGAAGAUCAUCUUAAACCUCACUAUCAGUCUCAGGCUUUUAAGAAGCAUAAGUUAAUCGAAGCCUGGGCAGGGCUCCAAGAGAAGAUCUGCUCUCAGCAUGACAAACUGAUUGAGAUCCACUGUCGUACAGACCAAAGCUUCAUCUGUUAUUUGUGUACGAUGGAUGAACACAAAGGCCACGACAUGGUUGUAGCUGAAGCUGAAAGAAAAGAAAAACAAAUUGAACUAUUGGAGGAGCAGAUAAAAUCUGAGCAAAUGAUCCAGGAGAAGCAAAAGAAGAUACAGGAACUGAAACAGACUGUGGACAAUAUUAAGAUUUGUUCCCAAAAAGCAGUAGAUGACAGUGAGAGGACUUUCACGGAGCUGAUCAGCUCCAUAGAGAAAAGGCGCUCUGAGGUGAAGGAGAUGAUCAGAGCGCAGGAGAAAGCAGAACUUAGUCGGGCUGAACAUCUCCUGAAGCAACUGGAGCAGGAGAUUGCUGAUCUUGAAAGGAAAAUCACUGACAUGGAGCAGCUUUCACACACACACGAUCACAUCCACUUUCUCCAGACCUUCUUGUCUCUCUGUGUUUCUCCUGGAAGUGACUCCUCACACAUCGCUGUCAAUCAAACUAUCUCAUUUGAAGGAGUAAUGAAAUCUGUCUCAGAGCUGAAAAAACGAGUCGAGGAAAUCUGUCAGGGUCAAAUGUACAGAAUUGCAGUACAAGAAGAUUUCUGUUAUCUGACUCUGGAUCCAAACACAGCACAUCGUAAGCUCGUUCUGUCCGAAAACAACCGAGAAGUUACACACGUGAAGAAGAAACAGAAUUGCUUUGAACAUCCAGAGAGAUUUGACCACUGGGUUCAGGUAUUGUGUAGGGAGAGUGUGAGUAGACGCUGUUACUGGGAGGUGGAGUGGAACGGAAAUAACAUGUACAUUGCAGUUGCAUAUAAAGAGAUCGGCAGAAAAGGAGGGAGUAUUGAGUGUGCAUUUGGACGCAACAGUCAAUCCUGGAGUCUCCGAUGCUGUUCUUCUUCUGUCUCUUUCCUCCACGACGACAUAACGACUAAGCUCCAAGGUUCAGUGUCCUCCAGAAUUGGAGUGCAUGUGGACCACAGUGCAGGAACUCUGUCCUUCUACAGCAUCUCUGACGUCAUGAGGCUCCUCCACAGAGUCCACACCACAUUCACUCAGCCUCUGUAUGCUGGUUUCAUGAUAUGGGAAUACGAUUCCACUGUGAAGUUGUGUCAUCCAGUAGUGCAUGUUGAUGAAAGUGAUGAGGAGUCAGAUUAAUUUAGGAUAUGAUUUGACCAAAUAUGAUUCAGGUGAAUGAGGAUGGUCUUACAAUGCAGUAAAAGAACCGAGGUAUCAACUGACUCUUAAACGAAAUGUUUAUAAUUAGUGAAUAAUUAUAGAAUGCUUCUUAGACCUGCUAGUGAAAUGUGUUUGUAUAAUUUUGACUAAUUUCAGUUAUUUUGGUCAUUCUGACAAUACAGUAAUAUAUAAAUAUUUAAAACAUGCUUAUUGAAUCCAUUCAUAAUGAACAAGGAAAUAAAUGUAUGGUGUGAGUACAGAAAAUAUUAAAAACUCUUCCAAACAUAAAUUG